AUGCCAGAGGUGGAGAUGAAGGAGAGGGAGGCUCCCGAAGCGCACUUCACAGUGGACAAACAGAACAUCUCUCUCUGGCCUCGAGAGCCUCCUCCCAAGCAAGAUCUGUCUCCAGUUCUAAGGAAACCUCUCUGUAUCUGCGUGGCCUUCGUUUGUCUGGCAUUGGUGCUGGUCACCUCUAUUGUGCUUCAGGCUGUUUUCUAUCCCAGGUUGAUGGGCAAAAUAUUGGAUGUGAAAACUGAUGCCCAGAUGUUGAAAGGUCGUGUGGACAACAUCAGCACCCUGGGAUCUGAUCUUAAGAAUGAAAGAGGCCGUGUGGAUGAUGCUGAGGUUCAGAUGCAGAGAGUGAACACCAGCCUCAGCAUGGUGCGUUCUCAGAUUCUGUCUCUGGAAACCAGCAUGAAGCUAGCCCAUGAUCAGCUCCGGGUAUUAACAAUGAGCUGGGGAGAGGUUGACAACCUCAAUGCCAGAAUCCCAGAGCUGCAAAGAGAUCUGGACAAAGCCAGCGCCUUGAACACAAAGGUCCAAGGACUACAGAACAGCUUGGAGAAUGUCAACAAGCUGCUCAAAGAACAGAGUGACAUUCUGGAGAUGGUGGCUCGAGGCUGGAAAUACUUCAGGGGGAGCUUCUAUUACUUUUCACGCACCCCGAAGACCUGGUAUAGUGCGGAGCAAUUCUGUAUUUCUAGGAAAGCUCACCUGACCUCAGUGUCCUCAGAAUCCGAACACGAGUUUCUCUACAAGGCAGCAGAUGGAAUUCCACACUGGAUUGGACUUACCAAGGCAGGAAGUGAAGGCGACUGGUACUGGGUGGACCAGAUGUCAUUCAAUAAAGAGCAAAGUAGGAGGUUCUGGAUUCCAGGUGAACCCAACAACAUAGGGAACAAUGAGCACUGUGUCAAUAUCAGGGUGUCUGCCCUGAAGUGCUGGAACGAUUCUCCCUGUGACAAUACAUUUCUUUUCAUCUGCAAGAGGCCCUACAUCCAAACAAUCGCAUGA